UCUUUCUCUUUGGCUUCUCGAAGGAGAAGAAAACUGUCGGACGGAGAGAGAGAGACGAAGCCAAUCAUCAUCGCCACUUGUUCUGCUCUUUGAGAUAUUCAAAAUCCUCCGUCUCUAGAUAAUUCCAGAUCAAGAGGAUCGUCAUCAGCUGUUUCGUUAGUGGUGGUGGGAAGGUGAUAGGAUAUGGCGCAGGAGCAGGGAGAUGCGGUGGUUGAGAGCGUCGAGCCGAAUGGUUCCGCUGCUGCUGCCGUUGCCGCAACUGCAACCCCUGAUAGCGUGAAGAAGAAGCAAAAGGGGUUCUUUUCGCGUUUAUGGAAUGGGAUAUUCAGGGUUAGAGGCGACGAUUUCGAGAAGAGACUUCAAUACAUCUCAAGGGAAGAAGCGACUGUCUUAUCAAGGAUGAAGCGUAGAUCGAUUACAUGGAGAAAACUCACGAGAAAUCUCAUUGUUUCUUCUGUAUUAUUCGAGAUUAUUGCUGUGGGUUAUGCCAUUGUGACAACCAGAACGGAAGAUUUGGAUUGGAGAAUGAGGAGUUUCCGGAUAUUGCCAAUGUUUCUCCUACCUGCUCUGUCUGCUCUUGCUUAUUCCUCUAUCGUCAGCUUCUCUAAGAUGUUUGACCGCAGAGAUCAAAAGACCUUGGAAAAGCUUCGAGCUGAAAGGUUGGCUAAAAUCAAUGAGCUUAAAGAGAGGACCAAUUAUUACACUACACAGCAACUUAUUCAGAGAUAUGACCCGGACCCAGCUGCAAAGGCAGCUGCUGCAACUGUCCUGGCAUCCAAGUUGGGUGCCGAUUCAGGAUUAAAAGUAUUUCUAGGAGAUGAAUCCCAACUCGAUCCAUCCUCGGGCAAGAGCAAUGAUAUGGAGGUUAACCAAUCACGUGGGUUGAGGAAUCGAAGACAACCAAAAACUAGAACCCACGGUUCUGGGAGCACUUCAGCACAUCAUUCUGAUGAUGAGUCUCACCAUUCCGGAACAAGCGAGAAAUUUCCAGGCACCACAGAGCAAAACCAGCAGAUGUUGGUUGAGCAUUACAGUCCGCAGGGUUAUGCUGCUCAUGAUGGCAGUUGGAUCUCACGCAUUGCGGCGCUCCUCGUGGGAGAAGAUCCCACACAAUCAUUUGCACUCAUUUGUGGAAAUUGUCAUAUGCAUAACGGACUUGCUAGGAAAGAGGAUUUUGCAUACAUAACAUACUAUUGCCCUCAUUGCAACGCUCUGAACAAACCAAAGCAUUCUGAGGAGAAUGCACUUCUUCCUGCUGUUACAGCUUCACCGAUCACAGACUCCAUGCCAUUGAUUGAAACCAGCGAAGUGGUUAAUAGCAGCAGCUCGAGCAGUGAACGUGGAAAUAGUCCCACUCCAGAAAUAAAAGAAGAAGCUACAAUUACUGAGACUGGGACACCAAGCUGAGGAAGACAAAGACCCAGUGAGCUGAAGAAGAAGGCUUUCUUGUAUUGGUGCUACAGAAAAGAGAUUGUGUGUGCGUGUGUUUGUGGAUGUGAGUACUCGUUCAGGUAAAUUUAUGCUAUGAAUUACUAAUAUCUGAAGCUGCUUACAGUUUUGAUUCUGGUCUGUUUCUAUACGACAAGACGAUAGGGUUUUGGUGGGUAAAUAUGCGAUUAUCGUUGACGAUGAUUGUUAUACGUUUUGGGGGUUUAAAUCUUCUUACUUCUCUUCUCUUUACCUUUACAUAUCUUCUCUGUUUUUGUUAAUGUGUUCACUCUUGAAAGUUGAAAUCAUUUUCGAUUUUAAUAUUACAAGCCUAAAGUUUCCUCA